UUAAUCUGUAAGUUCAUUAAUAAAUAGAAGUUAGUAAAUAAAAAUAUUUAGGAAAUGAACAUUAAUGAAAGUUAACAGACUCUGCCUUUGAGUAACUCAAUAAAUCUUAAUUUAGGUUAACUAAACCAUAUCAAAAUUGUUUAAAAUCCGACUCCAGAAAUAGGUGAUUAUGAAGAAACGUUCAAAUAAAAUAAGUAGCUAUUGGAAUUAUCUUCUAGCAAUUAAAAAUAUUUAAAUUAACUGGAGCAGUUAAAAAUUUAGGCUUAUAAUGAAUAAAAUGGCAUUUAGGACAGAGAAAAUAAUUUAUAAAGUUCAUAAAAAGAUAAAAAAAUAGACUAUUAAGAUUUUAAAAACAACUUAGAAUUAAAUUAAGGUUCAUUUAACCCUUCUUUAAUAUAAAAGAAUCUCCCAUGCACACCUCCUAUAUUUUAAUCUGAUAGGGAAACCCCUUAUUCUAAUUUUCUAUCAAGCUAGCAAAACCAUAACUCUAAUAGCUUUAUACCAUAAAUUUAAUUGAUAAAAAAUUAGUAAGGAGAAUAAGAAGAUAGAUUUAUGUCAAGUUCGCCAUUGUAAGAGAUGUAAAGCUUCUAUUUGAAUCAUAAUAAUCAAAACGAUAUAGCUUUUUCUAGCUAGCAAUAAUAGCAGCUAACUUUUGAAGAGCGCUAUAACAACUUUUAAGAAUUCAAAAAUCAGUAAACCUAAUAAUAAAACUAACUAGAAAAUCUACCUUAAUAAUAAAAUAAUUUUGUAAGUAAUUUAGCUUAAUCCAAUUAGACUUAGAAUUUUGAUACGAAUAAUGACAACAAAUAAGAUAUUUUGUUUAACACUGCAAAAAAUUAAAAGUUACAAUAACAAAAUUUGUAGCAAUAGGCUAUUUUCAAUAAUUAAUAAAAUAACCAGCAGUAUUAUUAAGAAAAUGACUAUGGAAACAUAUUAUAAAGUUUAGAAAGGGAGGAAAUUUUUCAAUAGAAAAUUGAAAGUUUAAAGAAUUAAAAGCAAAAGAAUAUGCAGAACGAAUAAUAAAAUAACCUAGCAUACAAGGACUAAGAAAUAUAUGAUACAGGAAUAGGAGCAAAAGAAUUUGAUGAAAUCGAAAUGCUAGUCCAAAGAGAGAAUUUUGAAAAUUAAAUGAUAGAAUUAAAUGAUGAGACAGAAAAUCUUUAUAAUGAAGCUAUUCAGUUCGUGAACGUCUCAAAAUAAAAAGACUAAGAAAUGGAUAAGGAGUUAAUUAGGUAGAAGAAAGAUCUUGAAGAAUUUAGGAGAAAAAUAAAUGAAAUGAAAUCAACAGAAUUAACAAAUGGUAAUUCAGAUGGAAAUGAAAACAUUUUAUUGAAAAAAAUAGAUUUGCAAAAAUUACUUUUUAAAAUUGAAGACCUGAAAUAUUAAAUUCAUAGCUAAUCUAGAAGCUAAAGUCCUGUAAAAAAAUUGGCUGGUAACACAAAAUACUCUCAAACCAGAAGUUAUUUUUAGAAUACUGAUGAAAAGAUUAAAAAAAAAGUUUAAAUGAACACAUCUUAGUCUUAGGUAUUAUUAAACUUUAUGAAUGGUAAAAGUUAUUUAUCUCCAAAGAAUUAUCUCGAAGUCACAGAACGAAUAAUAGGUAAAAAGUCAGUUGAAAAUAGCUAAAAUUUAACUCCUCCUCGUUAUGGACUUAAGGCUUCUAAAAUAGGCUCAGCUUCAAAUAGCAAAUCAUAUCAUAACAAUAACAAUUCAAUUUAAUCUCAAUAAUCUAACAGUUUUAAUAAAAACUUCCCAAUCAAAUCAGACAAAAAAGAUUAUAGCUUAGACAGAACUUCAAAUAGAAUUAUCAGUAAUUUUAAUAAUUAACUAAGACAAAGUUAAUUAAACGAUACAAUAUAAAACAAUACAUAAUUUAAAUUCGAAAACACCCCAAAGAAAAACUCUGGACAAUAAAUUUUAUAAUAGACUUUCCAAUAUACUGAGCCAUAAAAUAACUAAAGUUUUAAUGAAUUGCAAUCUAAUUAGCUAUCAAACAACAAAAAUAAUACUAACAACUUCUUAAAAAAUAGUCCGAUGAAUAGAAAUUCAAUCAAUUUAUAAUUCAUUCAAAGUCCUAUGUCAACUUAAAGCUUAAGCACAUAAUAAGGAAGAAACAGCUAAGCAAAUGGAUGCAAUAGAUUUGAGAACUUAGAGAAUAAUAUUUUUCUAGUAUAAAGUAAAACACUAAACUCACCAAUAAUUUCUCUCAUUGGGAAAGACAGAUUGAUAGUAGCAAGGCCAUUCAAAGGUACUUUACAAAAAACAGGAUCAAAUAGAGUGAUCACAGAUGGAGAAACAUACACUUUUGAAAAAAUGUAUAUGGUAGUAAGUUAAAUAACUAAAAAUCUGAAAUCGGAAAUAUUAGUGAGAAAUGCUUUAGAUAAUCAUUUUAAAAAUAUAUUUAUUAUCGGCACCAAGUCAUCUUAAAAGAAGCAAAUUUAGCUUGAAGUUCUCCAACUACUUCAAGAAACUUUCAGGACUAAAAUUCUUACCAUAAUUUAAAAUAAUUAUUCGUGUAGAGUUAAAUUAAGAUACAAUGAAAAUGUAUUUGAAAGUUAAACUUCUGUUUCAAAGCUCCCUACUUCCUCCCCUUCAUUUCCAUAAUCUCAAUCGUAAAAUUAAGAUAAAUCUUAUCCAAUUGUAGACGAUAUUGCAAUCGAGUUCAAUUCUUUAGACACAAAUAUUAAUGAUAAGAUAAUAAUUUUGAAUGAAGCAGUAUAAAGAAUAGCCUAAUUGAUAAUAGACAAUAAUAAAACCAAAAUUCCAUAGAAUAAAUAAUUACAGCAAUCACAAGCUUUAUAAAAUCUAUUAAGAUCAAAAGUAAGGACCAUCAAGCUUUCUUUAAUAGUAUUUAGUCAUUCAGGUAUAGAAUGCAAAUAAAGUUAUAGAGUCUCAACAACAAACCACAUAAUAGACCCUGAUCGAAGAACUCCAUUUUAAAUUUUUAAAGAAUCUUUUCACGUUUAUUCCUCUCAACAAUACUCAAAUCAAUAACCUCCAACAUUUAGGUCUUUUGUAGCUAAUAGUAAUGCUUAGUCAUAGCAAUUUUUAUAAUAGAAUAAUAAUAAUUUAUCAAAUACAUUAGGAUUUAAAGAGAAUAAAAUAUUAAAUGAUGAGAAUUUGGUUAUUUUUUCUUGUGCUCCUAUCUUAAAGUACUUUGAAUAAGCAAGAGCUCUAUUCAAGAGUGCUAAUGUAUUUGAAAAACAAUGUCGUAAAUUAAAUAAAUAAUAAAAAUAAUGA